AUGGUAUUGAUAUGGGGCGACUCAGGGUGGUCAACCUUCUUAAAGAACUCUGAGGAAGUUAGUUCUACGCGAGUUGCACUACUUGAUGUAGUGCUGGUGAAAGCAGGGCUACUUGGCCGAGCAGGAGAUGAGACUGGUGAUGAGGACACAGGCUCCAUUAGCCUGGCGCUAUGUCCCAACUGCAAAUUGGGGGAAUAUCCAUCCAUCGAGGCGCUUAUCUCACAUCUCAAUUCUCCAUCUACUUUAUUCAAUCAAAGUGCUGUCACUGGUACCUGUCACCUGCAAUCCGGAUACGUCUAUGGUGUCAGUAGAAAUAUGCUGGAUAAAUUGGAAGACGAUCAAUAUGCACAUCGACGGAAGAUAAAUCAUUAUUACCCUUUCCAUGAUGAAGGCGAAUGGGAAUUAGGGAUGUUUUUGGUGGAAAACCUCACUCAAACCCAAAUAACCAAGUUCUUAAAGUUGAAAUGGGUAAAUGACGGAUAUCGAUCUAAGCUACCCUCUUUCACCACGAAAGACCACCUCCUGGACUGGAUGGAUUCACUACCUUCUUUUGCCCCGUGGAAAGUCUCCAAACUAGCAUUUAAGGGCUAUAAGACUGUCCGUCCCGUGGAGCUCGUUUGGCACGAUGUGCUAGAGGUCGUGAAGCAACUAUUCAGUGACCCAACUUUUGCGAACCACAUGACCUUCAAUCCCUACGUCGCUAAUGUCAAAAAUCAACGUGAAUACGGAGACUAUAUGAGUGCCGAUAUGGCAUGGAAAAUUCAGGACCAUCUCCCGUUUGGUGCGACUCAAGUCCCAAUAAUCUUGGGAUCUGAUAAAACACCCAUGCACCCGGUCUUCGUCACCAUCGGUAACAUUGAUUCUGAGUUCCGCGUUCACACAGAUUACCAGUCUAUUCUCCAGGCCAGGCUGUGGCACAAAUGUAUGGACCUUGUUUUCACCAACCUCAAGGUUGCAGCAAAGGAUGGCUGCUUCAUGCCUGAUCCUUCCCGCUAUAUUCGCCAUGUGUUUACGCCACUCGUCGCUCAUGUGUGCAACCUACCGGAGGCUACUAUGAUUGCCACAGUUGAUCCCUGGGAUCUCGACAAGUUCCAGAAAGCGGCCAAAGCCGUUAAUCUAUCUGGAGUUCACAUGCCAUACUGGCGUGAUUGGAUGUUUGUGUGUCCGUCCGUUUUCCUCGCUGGUGAGGUGUUGCACACCUGCCAUAAGUUUUUCGUGGACCAUCCACUGAAAUGGAUCAAAGAAGCUCUAGGAGAUUAUGAGCUCGAUACCUGCUUCAUGGUCCAGCACAAACGAGUCGGAACGCGCCACUUCGCAAAAGGUAUCACACACGUUAAUCAAAUGACAGGCCACGAGCAUAGAGACAUUCAACGCACUAUCGUUGCGUCGAUUGCAGGGGCCGUUCCACCCAGAUUCGUUCAUACAAUCUGUGCCCUUGUAGACUUCUUUUACCUCGCACAAAAUCUGGUUCACUCCCCUGAAUCACUUCAGUCAAUGGUUCAAGCACUUUCGGAUUUCCACUCUUUCAAGGAUGCUAUCAUCCAGGCCGAGGCAAGGAAGGGGAAGAAGGGCGUCAAAGAAGAUUUUUUCAUUCCCAAACUCGAGCUUCUGCAAAGCUUCAAUGGUACGAUUCAGAAAUUAGGCACUUUGAUGCAGUUCUCCGCUGAUGUGACGGAGCGGUUACUCAUCACACACUACUUUAUGGAGCAGUGCGUACGGAUUCUUAACUGCCAAGAGUCUAUGGAAAUGUUUGGCCUGUACAUGCUCUUAACUUCUCGCGGGGCGUCACUAGUUAAUGCGAUAUACGCCAAAGAUGAAGAUGUAACAAUUGCCAAUCCCGCACUCUCCUGGGGUAUUCUCUCUGGAGAUGCACUCACUGCUUUUCAACUCAAUAUCACGCCUGAUUACAAAUCGCUAUCAUCGUCUGACAUACGCACGAAAUAUGCACUCUUUGGCUUUGAGCGUGCGCUCGCCGAAUUCAUUUGUAGUUCCCCCCUUUCUAGUGGUGAAAAUUCUUGCUGGGACCCCAAGUAUGGGCGCUUCCAGGUAUGGCACAAAUUCCGAUUGCAACUUCACUCGGCCUUCCAGCCGCGAGUCAUCAUGCCUAGUCGCGUGGUGCAAGCAUACCCACCGAGCGAUGAUUUUCCCUUUGGAAAUUGUGAUACUGUUCUCGUGGACACCACAGGCAUUGAUGGCAAAACCACGAGUUGCAUUGCGCAGGUUCGACUCAUUUUUCAACCAACGGUUCGACGAGGUUCCAACCUGGAACUACCAUCGUGUCUCUCAGACCCACUUCUCUACGUCCAAUUUUUCCACUUUAUUUCCAGCCCUGAUGAUCGUCCCGAACUCGCAAUGUGGACCAUGGAGCGCACAUACACACAGGAGGAAAACGGUAAUCACUGUAGGAAGGGGGCUGUCAUACGAGUGACAGACGUGAUGCAUGCGGUUGAGUUGAUACCAGUUUAUGGUGAAGCAGUGGCCAAUAGCGUGUCCUCUGCGACUUCUUUGGAACGCUAUGAGCGUUUUUUCCUGAAUAACUUCGCAGACAAGGAGAGUUAUCACACAUUCAGUACCGAGUUUGUAUAG